UCACCCGGCGGGGAGGAGCGCGCGGCUCGGCGCCAGGCUCAGCCGGGGCUCCUCGGCGGCCGCGGCCAUGACGCAGGGUCCGGGUGGCCGCGCGGCCCCGGAGCCCGAGGCGCCCACGACCUUCUGCGCGCUGCUGCCGCGCAUGCCGCAAUGGAAGUUCGCGGCGCCCGGCGGCUUCCUGGGUCGCGGUCCGGCGGCGACGCGCGCGGCGGGGGCGGCAGAAGCGCAGCCCGGACCCGGGGUCCCAGCGCUGGCCGCUGUGCUGGGCGCCUGCGAACCGCGCUGCGCCGCGCCCUGCCCUCUGCCCGCUCUCGGCCGCUGCCGGGGCUCGGGGACGCGGGGAGCGCGGGGGACCCCUGACGUUGCCGACGAGUGGGCGCGCAAGGGCGGCUUCAUCCACAAGCCGGCGCACGGCUGGCUGCACCCCGACGCCAGGGUCCUGGGGCCCGGGGUCUCCUACAUCGUGCGGUACAUGGGCUGUAUUGAGGUGCUCCGAUCCAUGCGCUCUCUGGAUUUCAACACCCGAACGCAAGUGACGAGGGAAGCCAUCAACCGGCUCCAUGAGGCCGUGCCAGGCGUCCGGGGCUCCUGGAAGAAGAAGGCCCCCAACAAGGCCCUGGCCUCCAUCCUGGGGAAGAGCAACCUGCGCUUCGCUGGCAUGAGCAUCUCAGUCAACAUCUCCGUGGAUGGCCUUAACCUGUCUGUUCCUGCCACUCGCCAGAUCAUCGCCAACCAUCAUAUGCAGUCUAUUUCCUUCGCUUCUGGGGGUGACACGGACAUGACUGAUUAUGUGGCCUAUGUGGCCAAAGACCCCAUCAACCAGAGAGCCUGCCACAUCUUGGAAUGCUGUGAGGGUCUAGCCCAGAGCAUUAUCAGCACUGUAGGCCAAGCCUUUGAGCUACGCUUCAAGCAAUACCUGCACAGUCCCCCCAAGGCCGUAGUGCCCCCCGAAAGGCUGACAGGGCUGGAGGAGUCGGCCUGGGGUGAUGAUGAUGAGACUGUGGACCACAAUUACUACAACAGCAUUCCAGGAAAGGAGCCACCCCUGGGUGGGCUGGUGGACUCCAGACUGGCUGUCACACAGCCCUGUGCACUGGCAACACUCGGGGGCCUCGGACAGGGAAUGUCACCUGCCCGGAGAGAUGCUCGUGGCUUGCCUUGGGAUAUGUGUCCCUCCGGAGCAGUCCCACCUGGGGAUGGCUAUGUGCAGGCAGAUGCUAGAGGACCACGUGACUACGAGGAGCACCUGUAUGUCAACACCCAGGGCCUGGAUGCUAUGGAGCCGGAUGACAUUUCUGAGGCACCUCUGAUGCCUGAGGACAGCCCCAAGAAGGACCUGUUUGAUAUGCGACCCUUUGAGGACGCCCUGAAGUUGCACGAGUCCUCAGUGGCAGCAGGCAUCACCUCAGUCCCACUCUCUUUGGAGGACCAGUGGCCCAGUCCCCCUACCCGCAGGGCCCCCAUUGCACCCACAGAGGAGCAAUUGAGGCAGGAGCCCUGGUACCAUGGACGCAUGAGCCGUCGGGCUGCGGAGAAGCUGCUUCGUGCGGAUGGGGACUUCCUUGUGAGAGACAGCAUCACCAACCCGGGGCAGUAUGUCCUCACAGGCAUGCACGCAGGGCAGCCCAAACACCUGCUGCUGGUGGACCCCGAGGGUGUGGUGCGGACCAAAGAUGUGUUGUUUGAGAGCAUCAGCCACCUCAUAGACUACCACCUGAAGAAUGGGCUGCCCAUCGUGGCUGCAGAAAGCGAGCUGCACCUGCGGGGAGUGGUCUCCCGGGAGCCAUGAGCCAGGUGACGGUCCUCAACCCAGCUCCUACCCCCAGAGGCCCUUGCUGUGGCCUUGAGGGCUCAGCCUUUCUCUUGGACCCUGAAACCACCAGAAACAGAAUGGCCAUCAUUUUUCCUUCCGCAUGAGCCUCAGGAAGCCGCCUUUUCCUAGCUGUACUCGGCUGGCUGGGCCAGUGAGACCGAGUCAGGGUCCAAGCCCCUGGUCCUGCCUGAGCUCCCACCCUGAACUUGGGUGAGGUUGUAUAAACCAAAGACUGACCAAGUCGCCUUUAACAAAGAAACCCCAAAUGUAGGCCUUGUGCCUUCGGUCUCCAGUGGGGCAGAGACAUCAGGCUGUGUCCACAGAGAGGUACAUAUAGCUCUGUGUGGGCAGAUGUAGAUUCCUGCCCUGGCUGGGCUCUGAGGACUUCAGAUGCACUGUUGCCUUUGUGGGGGAUCAAGGUGCUUUUGGGUUUCAAACCCUGAUGGGGGAGCAGCCUUGGGGCUCACCUGAAAAGGCAGGGCAUCCUGGUGAGUUAGAGGUGGAGGAAACUUGCUGAGGUGUGGCGCCCACUCAGCACCUCCCAGCUGUCACCUGCCUGGACCUUCAACUGUAAUUAAACACAGCAUUGAACAUGA